GAAAAUUGAAAGUAAACUAAGAGCAGCACAUUUCUGGAGCGUCUUUAAAUUUUAAUUACUUUUAUAAAAUUUAUUGCAAUAAAAAAAAACUUGUUAAAUUAAAAAUAAUGUCUAUCAACACAAAUUGGAAUGUCGAUUAUUAUAAAGCCGAACACGAAAGCGAGGAACAUUGGAAUCUAAGAAAGCGUUUCAUGGAAGUCCACAAGCACAAAUUCACUGAAGAUGAAAUUGUUUGCCUGGCACAGGUCUUCACAAAUGUCGAAUUCAUGGGCUGCAAAUAUCCAGACGAAACUAUGCGUCUAGUCGGAGAACUAUCCCAAGAAGUAGCAAAAGACUUCCGCGCCGAACGCUCGAAAAAACUCCAACGGACAUUCGUUAAAGCUUCCGAUGCUGCCGAAGCCAGGGCCAAAGUAAGAAGAAUACAACCAGUAGCAGGUGAGUCAAGUAACAGGAAAGGGGAAGCAAAGAGAAGACAAGGAUUUGGAGAUAAUAGCUCACAAAAAGGUUCCGAUGAUCCUUCAAUAAACAAGAGCACACAACAAAGCGCCAAUCUCAUGAAAAAUAUGAAGUACGGCAAAUUUGUUGUGUACCUAAUCGGUGGGAGAAAUUGUUUACAAGUUUCAGGCAUGAAAUGCUCAACUCAAGUCACCGAAAAAGAGACGAAUGUCAAUGGAAAGAAACAACUAGAAAUACGCAUUGGAAAUCAAUUGGCCGCAAAAGCAGUUAGUGAUAAUAUAAAAACUGCUAAAGCUGAAGCAUUCGAGACGGCUAUGAGUGACCUCCGGAAACACUGCUACUUUAUUAAGCUCAAUCCGAACGCUGAAUGCAUCAAUAUAAACAAAUCAAAUGAUCAAAUCGUAGCCAAUGUCAAGCAAGCUGAACUCACAGAAAAAAAAAUCGACAGCUCGAAUAUUGGCUACAAAAUGAUGAAAAUGAUGGGAUGGUCAGGUGGUGGGUUAGGUUCCAGCACUCAAGGCCGUGAGGAUCCUGUUGGUUACCUCUUGAAGAGUAACCGCUCCGGACUGGGUUCCAACAACAAAAUCGACCGAAAACAUUUUCAACAAAUAUUGUACAACUACCUCGAGUCGGACGAUAUAAGAGAUUUGCAUUUCGAACCAACAUUCACAAAAGAAGACAGAGCUACACUUCAUGAAAUUGCCGGGAAAAUGGCCCUAAAAUCAUCAAGUCAUGGAAAAGGUGAAGCCAGAAGCUUAGUAAUCAGCAAGAAGAACAUUUCAAGUGAAGAGAUUCUCAGAGAAGUCCUCAUCAAUCAGAAGCCGAGCUUUUGCAAUAAAUAUUGUGUCCAAGUGCCGCCAAACAAAGCUAAAGAAUUGUCUCUGCACACUGAUCAUCUUGAUUUCUAGAUCGCCCACAUUUCUUUUAGCUUCCACUUUUCUUCAACUUGUCAGCACCUUCGCCAACUGGAAGGACAUACUUUUUUUAUACAAAUAAAACGCAUUUACAAAUAGUCGAAAAAAA